GCGGCGGACAGAGCCUCCUACAUCUAGAACUGGUCUCAGAUCUCGAAAUUCCGGUACAAUUAACUAGAUUUCCCAAUGGCGUGCCGGAGAGUAACCCGGAAGAGAAACAAUGGAGACUGCGCUGCGCGUUGUGACCUAACGGGCGUUGUGGGUUCAUUCCCGUGGGUUCAAUGCCGAGAGAGCCUCCUAAAUGUAUGACAACAUCGCAACAUAGCGCAGCACGUUGAGUCAAGCGUCGGAGUUCUUGAGGUGCGUUUCUGCGAGAUGGUAAUGAUGGACUUGGCUUUACGUAGCGAAGACUGGCGUCGCGUUUUGCAUAAAGAGGAAGAGGCUUCCGCAUUGGAAAAAGCAGACACAGGCUUGAACAGCUUCAACCUCAUCUUCUGUACUCCUAGUCAUUUCAUCAACCUACAUCAAUCAUGCCUAGUUCUUCGCAACAGCCUCUUCGCCAGUCGGGCAUCUAUCGCAACCUGCCCACCUUUGACUCGAGCGCAAAGGAUCUCAAGGCCAUAGUAUGCGGAGCGACUGGAAUCUCUGGAUUUAACACCAUCCGCUCUCUCCUCGAUACGUCCGACCGCUGGUCCAAGAUCUACGCUUUAUCCCGCUCGCCAAUCUCCAAAGAGCUCCUCGCCUUCCUCACAGACGAGCAGCGCGCCCGCCUGCAGCACAUCUCCAUCGACCUAAGCUCCUCCAGUGAUGAAAUCGCCAAAUCGCUCAAAAAAGCAGGCGCAGAAGCAGACUACAUCUUCUACUACGCCUACCUUCCGCCAGGCAACGGAAAAAGCGACAUGGACCCCAGUUCCGCCACCGCUCUAAUCGAAGCCAACGUGCCCCCCUUCAAAAACUUCCUUGGCUCCCUCCCAAUCGCCAACAUCAAGCCCAAACGCUUCCUCCUACAGACGGGAGGCAAGAACUAUGGCAUGCACAUUGGCCGCGGCCGCAACCCCAUUGUCGAAUCAGACCCCCAGCCCAAACACCUCAGCCCAAACUUCUACUACCACCAAGAAGACCUGCUGUUCAAGUUCUGCGAAGAACACCCCGAGACAGACUGGAACAUCAUUAUGCCCGCUGCUGUCAUCGGCGCCGUGCAAAGCGCAGCCAUGAACACGUUCCUAGCAUACGGUGUCUACGCCGCUGUACAAGCGCACAGGAAGCAACCUCUUCAGUACCCAUCCGACUUCCACAGUUGGCAGUCUGGGUACACGCAUUCCACCGCGCGUCUGACCGGGUACCUGAGUGAAUGGGCGGUGCUGGAGGACUCAGCGAAGAACCAGCGCUUCAAUGCUCAAGACGGCGAGCUAAUCAGCUGGGACCGCUUCUGGAACGAGCUGGGCCGUUGGUUCGGCGUCGACACUGUGCUUGGUCCUGAGGAAGACGAGUCAAAGUACGAGAGCAAGUACUUCGCUGGCGGAAAAGACUGCCCACUAGGCUACGGGCCCCCCAUUGAGCUCAAAUUGGCCCAUUCGCUGUGUAAAUGGGCGGAGGACCCUGCGGUCCCAAAGGCUUGGAAGGAGAUGAUGAAGCAGUCGGGUGGGCAGCUGACAGUCAACAUCCCCGAGACAGAUAAGCAGACGUUGGUUAUGGCGGACUUUUCUUUUACGUUUCUGGGUACGUUGUCUGGGACCAAGGUGCGCAGAUUUGGGUUCAGUGGGUUUGUAGAUACGAUGGAGAGUGUCUUUGAGACGUAUCAGGAUAUGGCGAAGCUGGGUAUGUUGCCGCCUAUGAAGGUUGAUGCUGCGAGGCCGCUUGUAUAGGGGUGGUUGGUGUUCGUUUCUUGUCAGUUUGGCUCUUCGCUCAUCACUAAAAGUCCU